AACAGUAAUAUAAAGUUCACAGGUCACUGGACACUUCCUGUUCCUCCAUCACACACCAUGAGGAACCUAUAUGUAAGCCAGAGGGACCUGAUUGCUGCUGUUCAGAAGCAACCUGCAAUUUGGGACAUAGAGGAUCCCAGCUACAAUCACUGGGUACACAGGAGUUGGGCCUGGGAUGAAGUAUGCAGCAACUUAACAGCAAACUGGGACCUUCUUGGAUCCAGUCAGAAGAAGUUGAAAUAUGAGGAGUACUCCAGGCGUUGGAGAUCACUAAGAGACCGAUAUCGGAGGGAUCUCACAGAUGAACAGUUGGCCAGAAGUGGAGCCCCCACCAAAAAAACAACACGCAGGAGGUACCUCUAUGCCACAGAGUUGGCUUUCUUGCGAAGGCCCAUGGAGGCAAAGAUGACCAAAUUCAACUGGUUUAACGAGGAGGAGGAGAAGGUAAACCUGAAGGUGGAACCGAGUGAGCCAUGCACCUCAAACAAUCAAAUGUCCACAGAGCCAGAAAGUACGAUAGCAAACUUAUCUCCUCAGAGUGCAGAGGAUAAUGUUACAGGGGACAUGGAGAUUGUCCCAAGGAUGUCAAGACAGCAUAGCUCAGACCGUGUGCAAUCAACACGGACAUCUGUAGACAGUCAGAUUCUACGAUUGCUGAUGGAGAGCCGUUCAAACAAGACCAGCAGCCCAGCCAUCCAAGAUUCCUUUUCAAAUCUCAGUGAUCCCCGGGUAGCAAUCUGCCGCAGUAUCCAUGUAAUAUUGGCAGGUCUCUCUACUCAGCGUGAAAUGCAGGCCACUAAUGAUAUAUUAAGUUAUCUUUUGGCCUGCAGGUCUGCUCAUUGGAGAGACCUUCCCCCUCCUCAGAUGAUGCACAACACAGCCACUACCUCAACCAGCUUGGCUUAUCCCCAGGCCUCCAUGCAUCCCUACCCACCUUUCCCCCCUACUUCUUCCUACCCCAACCACCCAACCCAAACAUUCCUAUGCUAGCUAUUUCUUAGACACACCUGCUGUCCCCCAAGCCACCCCUGUGGCAAAAUCACAGUCCCCUGUUGGUUCCCAACCCUUUGUUCAGUCUCCCUCUACCCAUUUCUCCACUUACCACAAUCUUUAUGUUAAAAUUCAUAUUUUUGUAAACUGGCAAAUGCUGCGUUCUUCUCUUUUCUUUAAUUGAAAUGUAGUGUUCCAUGUGACAGUCAUCACAUAGCGGUGACAUGCAUAUCUGCCUGCCCCAACUAUUUGAUCGAAAAAUGCGGGGACAAGUUAGCUUAAUUUGGGUUAGCUCACUUUUUCAGAAAAAAUGCAUCGCCGCCCACACUGGUUCCUUCUGUAUUUACCACCAUUGGUGAUGAGCAGUCAAUGCCCAUGCAGCCAGUGCAGAGAUCUGCGGAUUUUACAUUCCUGCUACUCUCCCUCUUCUUUCUGCAGUGCUUCUGACACACAUGGUGUGCUCUUUACUAUGCAGUGUGUCCCUUCAUUAUAGACUUAUUAUUACAUGUUUAGGUUUACAUGGGAUAAAAAAAAUCAACCCUGCAUUUUCAAAUAUUGCAAAGCACACAGCACAGACAUGUAUAUAAGCUUUGAUCUAUACUGUUUUAUGUGGCGCACACAAAAUAUGCUUGUCAGUCUACAACUGUUGAUAUGUGAUGACUAAGCCAGCCCAUAGAUAAUUCAUUGCUUUUUGUUCAACCAGUAGGUUAAACCCCAAAAAAUACUCGAUUCCCCUCAUCCACGCGUUUGAGGUGUAUUGGGGAAUAUUCUAGCGCUGAGGCUUUGUAUUUUGACAGCAGGGAGACUUCCCCUUCAUCAGAAUACACUGAUUGGUGCUGCCAGCUAUAGUCGGCGGUGCUGAUCAAGUGUCAAAAAUCCGACAGGGCAGUAGAUCGACUUCUGUAACACCACCCUGCCCAUAAAUGGAAAAAAAAUUGUCUGGUCCCUGCUGAAUUUAGAUACAUAUAUGGCAAGCUUAGGACUUGUCUGGAUCAUGGCCAUAUUGGGGAAACAAUGUGAUUUCUGCCCCUUUGUGCAUGUGCAGCUGUGGGGAAGGGAAUGCUACACCUGCAGCUUUAUGUCCCACCAAUAACAGCUUCCUUCCAGGUUCAUACAAGAAUGGGUUCGGAACCAAAGCUCAUCCUUAGUGAUGACAUCGCUCUGGAAAGGAUCAUGAAAUGGUACCAUGAAAAAAAACAUUUUAGGAGAAGACUUUUGUUUUGAAGAAUAAAAAAACAAAUCUAGAUAAGGUCAUCCUGCCAUGAGACUUGUCCUUUAGUAGGCACAAAAUAAUCGCCAAAGGCAUUUUGGAUGAGAAAUACAGGAUUAGGGGGAAGCAAGUUCAUGAACUGUACAUCUUGUGCAGUAUAAGGCAGAGCAGGGUCUGUAGAUCCUCUCUUCCUUUGACUGAAGUUAUAAAGCACACGGCAUGCCAGCACCACUUUGAUGGUAUUCUCCAUGUCCAGCUAACGGCAGACAGGAGAACACACCACUUGGUAGUUCACACUCCACCAUCUGACAGACCUGGCUCAAAAGAUAAUUAAAUAUCAUCACCAUCCCCGCCAUAGGGGCACAUGAUAUUUUCUGGAAGUUCCUCAUUUGCCACAUAACGUCACUCAUGCAACUGUAAUGCCAUAGCAUAAUCUCUAAAUAUGCAUGUAUCUCCUGUACCUCCAUAGGUCCCCACACCGACAGCAAGAAAAUGCAGAUUGAAGUCUACCAAACUCAGCAUUACAAUUGAAAAAUCUCUUUCUUAUCAUUGAAAUAUUUAUGUUUUCUAUCCAGCGUUCCAAUACAGUUUAGAAACAAAUUUUUGUCCCAGAACUCAUCCACUGCCUCUUGGCAUAACUCAUCUGUAGGCUCCAACAUUACAAAGUGAUGUAGCUCCUCCCAGUCUGUCAGGUUUCCCCGACCACAUAGCUGAACCUAGACACACAGCUUUGGUCAGUAGCUAGGUGUUUUAUGGCCAUUCUUCUCUUCUGGGUCCUAGGGGUGCACUUACUUUUGCACUCCUGUGGCAAAAGCUUGCUGUUGGCUAAUGUCACAAAGCCACUCUAGGUUCUGGAAGGAUCCUGACCAUAUUGUCGGGAUCCACCCAGAUUGAUAGCUGGCUCUGGCUCUCAGUGCUUGUCUGAGAGCCGAAGCCAGCUGCGUCCUCAUCAUUGUUGGGAUUUCUUCUCUUGUAACUCCCUUCUCUCAACAUAACUAGAAGGAUGGCUUUAGGAAUAAGAUCCAAAAAGGGGUCCAUGCCUCGCAACGUAAAAUACACACAGAGAACUUGCACGCCUCACAGGGAGCAGAAAAGAGCCAGAAAAGGCACCAGCAUUUAAAAAAAAAAAACAUUAUGGAAUUAAAAAAUUUUACGCGCUUAAACACAACAUUAAUACGCAAGCAUUUUACUGACUAUUACACAGGAACGUAGAAAAAAGCUUCUUAAUAAAAAUGUUAUGGCUAC